GCUGUGAGCGCAAAAUAAAUAGUUCCGCACACAGACCCAGAGAGAGAAAAAAGUUCCUAGCUAACGUUACGGGGAUUGGGAGCACGCCAAAGACAGCUAACGUAAACUGGGCUUCAUCAAAUCUGGAGGUCCUUUUUAACCCGAUAAGAUUUGCUAGCCAAGCGGCGAGAGAAAUCGCGACUUAUAAUGGCCUCGGAAGAGCUUUAUGAGGUUGAGAGAAUUGUGGACAAACGGAAGAACAAGAAAGGAAAGAUUGAGUACCUGGUGCGCUGGAGGGGCUAUGGCUACGAGGGGGACACCUGGGAGCCCGAGACGCACCUCUCUGCCUGUGUGGAGUUCAUUCACGAUUUUAAUCGGCAACACGGCGAAAGACAGAGAGACAGUACUUUACUGCGCUCCACUCGAAGCACUCCCAGCACGACCCACAGUUCGAGAAACAAUGCCCGCAAACAGAUCUGCAGGCCUCAGCCACACAGUGGAGCAGGAAGCCAUGCUCUAGUAAAACCCGGGAAUGCCUCUUCCCCCACCGCAGCAGCUACGGCCAUCUCGAAACCGUUGCCACCACUUGACCCUGGCGUGGCACACACUAGAACGAAUAUGCAGCUUAACUUGAGCCAAAAGUACAGUGUUUCGGCCACCGGUGACAUUUGUAGACCUGGCUUCACAAGCGGGCCUGCGGCUUCUCCGGUGGGCACGGUGCGUCGGAGCAUGGACCUGGCGAAGUCCGGGAUCAAAAUCCUAGUACCCAAAAGCCCCAUGAGCAGCCGGGCGGACUCUGAGUCGUCGCCUAGCGAGGCGGCCCACUGUCUGGAGCAAGGGGGUCAGGAGCAGGACUCUGUGCCCCCAGAGGUAGCCCUUUUGGAAAAGCCUCCAGGGUUGUUGCUGGGGCCUGGGGAAGAAAGAGCGCGCAUGGGGACCCGGCCCAGGAUUCAAAGCCAAAGCCCAUUAAUUCCUCAGCAAGUCCCCAUCACCCCCGCAUCAAUACGCACACUCAAUGGGAAAGGUACAUCAACACUCAUGGAGGCUCUGGCGGCCAAUGGGACAGCUAGCCUGCAGAGUGCAGUGGCAGGAGUCACUGCAGUCUCCGGGGUGGCAGGGAAACGGCGCUUCGAGGAGCAGCGCUCCGUCUUCGACAAGCGCCUUCGGUUCAGCGUCCGGCAGACUGAGAGUGCCUACCGCUACAGGGACCUUGUCGUCAAGAAGCAGGAUGGCUUCACCCACAUCCUGCUCUCCACCAAGUCCUCGGAGAACAACUCACUUAACCCCGAUGUGAUGAAGGAGAUGCAGAGUGCCAUGGCCACGGCGGCGGCAGACGACAGCAAGCUGGUCCUGCUGAGCGCCGUGGGUAGCAUCUUCUGCUUCGGCCUGGACUUCAUCUACUUCAUUAGACUGCUCACCGACGACCGCAAGAAGGAGAGCAUCAAGAUGGCUGAGACCAUUAGGACAUUCGUGAACACAUUCAUCCAAUUCAAGAAGCCCAUCAUCGUAGCCGUGAAUGGACCGGCGGUGGGCCUCGGAGCCUCUAUCCUCCCGCUGUGUGACGUGGUCUGGGCCAACGAGAAAUCCUGGUUUCAGACGCCCUAUACCACCUACGGACAGACACCCGACGCUUGCGCCUCCCUCACCUUCCCUCGCAUCAUGGGCGUGGCCUCGGCCAAUGAGAUGUUGCUGAGUGGGCGGAAGCUGACAGCCCAGGAGGCCUGUGCUAAAGGCCUUGUGUCCCAGGUGCUGUGGCCCGGGACUUUCACUCAGGAGGUGAUGGUUCGCAUUAGGGAGCUAGUCACUUGUAAUUCAGUUGUCCUGCGGGAGUCCAAAGCACUGGUGCGAAACACAAACCGGGCCGCCCUGGAGCAGGCCAAUGAACGUGAGUGCGAGGCGCUGAAGAGAGUGUGGGGCUCUUCGCAAGGGGUGGACUCCAUCCUCAAAUACCUGCAGAAGAAGAUUGAUGAGUUUUAAGGAAAGCAUGUAUCCCCCUACGUUCCCAAAUAACCAGAAAAACAUGGCACUAGCAGUGCAUGGCGUUCAAUCUGUAGCCUCUCAAUAUCCCACCAUCCCUGUUGCAUGUAUGAGAGUACAGUGCAUUUGGAAAGUAUUCAGACCCCUUGACCUUUUCCACGUUUUGUUACGUUACAACCUUAUUCUAAAAUACAUUGAUAAAAAAAUGAAUCCUCAAUCUACAAACAAUACCCCAUAAUGA